AUGUGUCUUUUGCUUCCACGUCGAAACGAGUGGCUGGAAAACUGUCACUUACCCGUCAAAAGGUUAAGCAAAAAUUUCGGGUAUCUUAUUUAGUUCACUUCUUCUCGUACUUUUGCUUGUUAUUUGCCGUGAAAAGGACCCAGAGUCAAGAUGAAAUAUUUCUUCUUAUUCUCCCUGUUAGUGUUACCGGCCGUGAUUUUUAUGGUUGAUAGCGGGAAAAUGGUUGCAUUUGCUGAAGAAGAUCCCAUCGAUGAAGAGGAGGCGGACGUUGAAGGGGAAGUUGAAGACGGCGAUCUUACUGCUACUGAACCUGAAGAAGAGGAGGACGAGUCUCUUUCGAAAGCUUCCUCGGAUGCAGACACGGUAUUAUUGUUCACCAAACCGAGCACGUUUGGAGCUUCGCAAUUAGAGCUCGUAGGUGGAGCUCCGGUUGAAUUUUUAGUGGGCUUCCGCAACAAAGGCCUGCAGGACUUUGUCGUUGAAUAUAUCGAGGCUUCAUUCAGAUAUCCUAUGGAUUUCAACUAUUACAUCCAGAACUUCUCAGCUGUCGGUUACAAUUCAAUAGUCAAACCCAGCGAAGAAAGCACAUUCCAAUACACGUUCGUGCCCUCUGUAGGUUUUGCUGGCAGGCCGUUUGGCUUGCAUAUUAACUUGGCUUACCAUGAUGCCGCUGGCAACGGAUUUCAGGAGGCUGUGUUUAAUGAAACCGUGCAAAUUAUAGAGUUAGAUGAAGGUUUCGAUGGCGAAACUUUCUUCCUCUAUGUCUUCCUCGCUGCCAGUGUUGUUCUACUAUUGGUGAUCGGUCAGCAAACUCUUCUAUCUGUGGGUAAGAAGAGGCCGGCCAAAAAAGCCACCCCUGUUGAAACUGGCACCAACAACCCCAACAAUGUCGAUUACGAUUGGUUGCCAGCCCAAACUUUGGCUAGUCUGAACAAAUUGCAAAAGUCCCCACGACCUUCAAAGACACAAAGCCCAAAACAACGCAAGGGAAAACGCCUCGCUGGAUCGGAAUAAUACCAGACGACUGAAAUGCUGAACACCUUCAAUGUUCAUAAUCAAAAUCAGAUACAAUUGACUUUUUCAUUUUGUACAUUAUACGCUCAUUUUUCCGAUUAGAUCCAUUGAUAUUCAUUCACAUUUCGGCGCAAUUUGGGAACUGGGCAGCAAGUAAAAAGUUGCAGGCGAAUAUCUUUACUUGCGUGAAAUUUUAGUGGCAAUUGCCAAUAAGUCACGAGUUGUAAAACUGUGAUUUUUGGAAUAUUUUGUCUCUGUUGAAAUAAUAAUAAUAAUAAUGUGUGUUUUGUGCGUGAACAUGAGAUGAUUGUAAAACGGUUUACAAUAGAUACGCUCUUAUUUAUAAAUUUCGUCAGGUAGUGUUGUGAUUUUUUACGAUUCAUUGUUCAAUUUCUAAAGAUUAACUGGGUGGAUGUAAAUAUAUUUAAGUAUUUACCACAGUGGUAAUAAACAAACUAUUUUUUAA